GGAUCCGGAUUCGACCUCUCCGGAUAUCCGGAUUUUUGGAUCGGAUCCGGAUCGGAUCACGGAUCGAAUCCGGAUCGGAUCACGGAUCGAAUCCGGAUCUCGGAUAAAAGUUCCAGGCCUACUAAAUAAUCAAAUAUAUGAAAUAUUAGUAUAUAUGUAAGAUAUUAACAAGAGUUUCUUCUUCCACUAAUGUAUCGAACCAAAUAAACAUAUUUAAAUAUACAUGUUUCUUUGAAUUACUAAAAAGUUCUAGGUUCGUGUACAUUCUUCUUCUAGGACCAAAUUUAAACUAUUUUAAAUUAUUUCUUUUUAGAGAGGAUAUUUCCUCCAAAAAAACUUGAUUUUAAACACUUACUAAACAUUAGAGUUUUAGCAAAUUUGUCAAUUUUUAGUUGGCAAAUGUACAUGUUUUACGUUUUUAUCCCACUUGUUUAUCAUAUACCAUUUAGUUAGAUGUUAAUAUCGAAUAUCAAUAGAACUCUCAUCAUUUUUAGUCUUUGUCCCUUACAAUUUGACAAAUACAUUAUAAAAUUUUAGAAAACAAUAUAAAACAUAAUACUCCUUCCGUACCCGAAAGUAAGAUUUUCUAAAGUGUUCACGCUUAUUAAGAAUUCAAUAAAUGUUUAUAAUUUAAUUUUUUUUAUUUUAUUAUACACUUUCCAAUAAUUUUUCACCAAUGAAAUUUAAUCAAUUUAAACAUUUUUAUUUAAUGUUUUUUAAAAGUAUAAAAAAAUAUCUUAAAUAUAUGGAAAAUCUAUCUUUGUGGAACAAAUAAAAGAUCUAAAACAUCUUACUUUAAGGAGCAUAAUCUUAGGAAAUUUGAAUUGUAUAACAAUUUUUAAUAACAAUAUACUCUAGUGUACAUUUUUUAAUUAAUAAUUUGAAUAGGCUAUAGAAAAGCAUGAUUGGAGUAAAACAAUUACUAGUCGUUGAGAAAAACACAAACACACGCACCAAGUAGUCACUAUGUACAUUAAUGUCUUAAUGAUAUCGUAAAAAGGAAGAAAAAAAGAUAUGUAAUAAAUGAAUAUCCAUCAUCCAAUGACUCAAUGAGGCAUGAGACUCGCCGUAGUGGCAGAGUUGUAAAUAAGUGGAAAAGAGGAGGAAGCAGCGGUUUGAUCACGAACAACAACAAGACAGCUUUUAUUUGAAAAUGGCUCCACUUCACGAGGUCUUCAUCUCUCUCUCUCUUUCGCCGUAGGCUUGCUUUACUCGAGAACCAGACCCAAUGAAAGAUCCUUACUUUCGCAUUCAUUAUAUAUAUCCCACAGAAAAAAAACCCCAAUGUUAAAAAAUCACGAAAAAGAAGCGAUCUUUGCGCUUGACUUCUCCAAUGUUGUCUCUCUAGUGAUUCUCUCUAUCGCUCUUGCAACGGUAACAAAAGGGUUUUACUUUUCAAAAUCCGACAGAGAAAGAAAAGACCAGAAGUCUUUCUUCUUCUGACAAUCAUUACCAGAAAGAGACAAAGACAAAAGACAGACACUUUCCAUGUCUUUUUUGAAAGUUGGCGGUGAAAACAUGGAGAGAAGAAACGGAAUGGUGGGUCCUCCUGCGCCGAGGAUUCUCCAGCUGCCACGUAGGCAUAGCGUUCGGAGAAGGAAUACAAUAUCACCGAAGAAGAAGGAUCAGAGAGUGAAGCUGGAGGCUCUGUUUCACCAAGAGAGGUCUUUUCAUCACGAGGAGGAGGGAGGGAGGAGAAGAGGGAAAGUUGCGGACGGGAGAGAGAUUAGUAGGUCUUCUCCUGUUGAUUUCGCCAAGUGGAGGUUUCAGGCGGAGAUGUUGAGAUCAGAGUGUAAUUUACUAAGGGUUGAGAAAGAGAUCGCUAUGAAGAAGAUGGAGAGAAGGAAGAAGAGGAUGGAGAGAACGCUAAGAUCUGCUGUUCUUAUUCUUCUCUCUGGGAAACAGAGAAUCUCUGAAGGGAAGAAGGAGAGCAACGUUUUGGAAGAUGAGAUUAGCUACUUGAUUGAGAAACUGAAUGAGUUGAAGUCUCCAAAGGUUAAAGACAUGGAAGUUGGAAACUACAGACAUAACUUUGACAGGCAAGCUUCUGUUUUAAGAAGAGAGCUGGAGAAGUUAGAUGAAGGAGAGGUUUGUGUUAAAGGGAUUCAGAAAAUGGCAGAAGAUAGCUUCUUGGUCAAUCCCAACUCUCUACCUGAUCAAAAUAUAGAUACAUUGGGUAGUAAAUUGGAGGAGUUGUCUAAAGGAGUAUUUGUGCAGGCGCAUGGGGAAAAUAGAGGCUGUUCUAGACAUUGCAAAGCACUUAUGAGGAAGAUUGCAGAUCAAGCAAGAGCAGAAGCAGAGCAAUGGUCAGAAAUGCAAGAAAUGCUUAGUCAAGUGAGGAAUGAAAUGGAGGAACUUCAAACUUGUCGCGAUUUCUGGCAAAACAGAGCUCUUGAAUCAGAUUCUCAGAUACAGAAUCUACAUUCCUCAGUUGAAGGAUGGAGAAGAAAAGCGUUGUCAUCAGAAGCAAAGUUGAAGAACCUAGAAGCCGAGGUUUGCGGAUUACAAGAAGAGAUGAAAAGGUUGAGGAAGGAUGAUAAGGUAGAAGCAGCGAAGAACAAGUUGCCAACAGAGUCAGAGAAGAGAGUGUUGAUUUGUAGGUUGAAAGAGAACAUAUAUAGCAGCAAUGGAGAUUGGUCUAAGUACAGUGAGAGGAAAACAACAAAACCGUCUAGUUCAAGACAGCCUUUAAGAGAAAUUAAGAACGGUUCAGUGGCAGUGAGACAGAAGAACUCCAAUGUCAUGAGAGUGUAACUUUUCUUUCUGACAAAAACCAGAUUCUUUUUUCUGUUUUCUAUGGUUGGUUAAUAAAUGGAAAAAAGUUUGCCACUCGAA